UUUUGACUGUCGGAAAUCUACUGUUUUGACAUACUGUGAACUUCAGAUUUCUGUUUUGUGUUUGUGAAGUUAAACCAGCUGGCCAGCUGUAAAACUCUGAUCAAAAAACAGUUUUUUUUAAAUGCAGUGGUAAUAGCAAUCAAGUUGACUAAAAACACACUGAACUUCUCAUUUCUUCUAGACACCAUGGAGUUGAGUAUCAGAUCUCUUUUGGCUUUGAUUCUCUUCUGGGAUUCUCUGUGUGUCGAAUCUGAAACUGCAGCACACAGAAACUCUCGAGAGUCGCUGCAGACUGUGAUGAGCUCUCAAAUAAAGCGUCUGCAGGUCAGACCUGAAAACUCUGUUCAUAUUCAUCCAGGACAAAAGCUGACGCUCCAGUGCCAAAGUGAAGGAGAUGAAGCAGUGCUGGCACAGUUUUGGCAGACACCGUUCGGUCUGUUUGACAGCUGUAACCACCAACACAAAGACCCAGUGUACACAUGCAAUGGCACUUUGAAGAUUUCAAGAGCCACUUCCAGCCAUGACGGACUCUAUUACUGUGUCCAUCUGGACAAGAUGAGCAAAACAAUCGUGCCUUACAGAGUUAACGUAGUUUCUCGUCAGAGGAAGACCAGGGAGGCAGGGGUUCACAGCGACACAGUGUCACAAAGCCAUUUCGCGGCGACUGUGGCAUCGUCAGUAAUCGUGAGCUUUUUAGUAGCCUUCACACUUGGUGCAUUCAGUAGAUCCUACGUGUUGAAGUGCCUAAAGACUAUAAGGGCCAACAUGCCUCAUAGAAAAGACCACCACAAUCACAUCAACAGACAAACCACCAGAGCACAAACUGACACGGUGUUCUUCCAUAAAAACCAAACCACUGUAGAAGACCAGGCUGGUUUGGUUGAUCGGGAACGCAUGGAUGUUGACAACGCAGAUGCUAUCGGAAAUGUUAUUAAUGAGCCUCAGAGUUGUGAAGGGGAAGAACAAACCCCACAGUUGAGAUCAGCCGUUAGUCCACAUCCAAAACAGAAGAUCCGUGUCAUUAAAGUCUACAACUAUGAUGAAGAAGGGACUCCAUACAGCCAUAUCAAAGGCUCAGGGAUGGAGGGAGAAGAAGAGGUCAGGCCCAAACUGAGGACGAGGUCACUGACGAGACUUACUGCCAUCAUGAAACAGGCUGAAGCCAUUGACAUCAACCCAGAGAGAGAGUCGACUGACGGCCAGACGAUUCAAGCAGACGCUGCUUCCCAUGAAGACAGUGUUUCAGCUUCAGCGGGAGACACUGGAGACUUACAAACAGGCUGAGGGACACAUUUAUGACAUAAUGGAAGACACCACUGAUGUCUAAAUCUACCACUUGUUUUAUUAAGUGUACAUAUAAAUUCAGUUAUUGAUGUGUGGUUUAUUAGGAGGACAAUAUUUGGCUGAAAUACAACUAAAUAUGUAGAAAAUCAUCUUUAAAGUUGUCCUAAUUAAGUUCUUAGCAAUGCAUACUACUAAUCAAAAAUAAAGUUUUUAUAUAUUUAUGGUAGGAAAUGUACUUCAUAUCUUCAUGGAACAUGUUUUUUAUAUCCUAAUGAUUUUUAACUCACUCAUACAAUAUAUUUUUGGCUGUUGCUACAAAUAUACCGCAGAGACUUAAGUUUUUUGCUUUUGUGCUCCAGAGACACAUAUAUAUUUUACAUU